CCCCUGGAGGCUCCGCCCCCCCGCCGGUCCCCCCUCGCCCCGGUCCCGCCGCAGCCGGCGGCGAUCGCAGCCGGGGCCGCAGCCGCCGGCGGGGGGGGGGGGUCCGGGUCCGGGUCCGGGUCCGGGUCCGGGUCCGGGAUCGGGUCCGGGAUCGGGAUCGGGAUCCGGGUCCCGGCCGAUGCCCGAGGCCGUCGUCGCCCCCCCGGCGUCUGUCGGCAUGGCGGGGCGGUGCGCGGCGUUGCUGGUGGCCGUGUUGGGAGCGGGGGGGCGGCGGGGCUCAGCCUGGAACCGGUGGUCUGGCACACGGGGGAACCGCCGGUUCCUGGCAGCGGGGGGCUAUGUCCUGUACCCCCAAAUCGGCGACCGCCUGGACCUGCGCGACGUCCGCUUCACCAUCAGUUCCAGGAGUUCAGCCCCAACCUCUGGGGUCACGAGUUCCGGCGCCUCCACGACUAUUACAUCAUCACCACCUCGGACGGGACCCCCCGAGGGGCUGGAGAACCGCCAGGGCGGGGCCUGCCUCACCCGCGCCAUGAGGGUCACCCUGCGCGUCGGACAGCGCCCAGCCAAUCAGACGAGCCCCCCCCCAGGUCCCGGCCCGCCCCCUCCGCAGGGGCGGGCGGGUGGCGGGGGGGGGCGGGGGGAGGGGCGGGCGGCGCUGCUGGCCUUGGCGGGGGCCGGGGGGGCUUUGUGGUGGCGACGUCGUCCUCGACGACCCCCCAAAACCCCCCGGGGGCUGCCCCGCCCCCGCCCCGCCUGCCCCGCCCCCGCCUGCCCCCUCCGCGACCUGCCCCCCCCCACCGCCCCCCCCGCCUACUACAAGGUAUGAGGGGGGGGAGGGCAGGGCAAAGGGGGGGGCCAAAAGUGGGGAGACACCCCCCCUACCCCAACUCCAGGGAGGCUCCGCCCCCUCGGGAAUGGGGGGGAGCCCCAAAAAUGGGGGGAUUCUCCCCAAAACGGUGGUCGUGCGCACACAGACCCACCCCCAGGGAGCCUCCAGGCCAGGCGGGAAGGGGGUUAAUCCCGGAUGCUGCUGGGGCGGGGCCUAGGCCGGGGGGGCGGGGCUUACCUAGAGG